ACACUGAAGAGAAAGUGUGUUGAUAUUGCCAGGUGGAAAUUUGCCAAGAAAAAUAUAUAUGACUUAGAUUUUUAAUACUUUUAGGGGAAAAAACUGCACGCAAUCUGAAAACCUUAGAAAUUAGAUGUGUAAAUAAACAGACGGGAAAAUUUCCUACAGAAAUAGUUUCUUUGAAAUUUUUCAUUAAGCCAAGCCAUUUGUUGCAUCUCACGGGGGCGCACAACUGGCUUUUAGGGGGCGCUGGAAGUGUAAAAUACGGAAGUAAAAAUAAUGUGUGUUUUCUCUACUGCUAGAGAGAGUGAUUUCUUCAGGACGUGAUGGAUUUUCAUAAUAUCUUUUCACUGUAGACAGAAAAUACCAAAGCGUGGAUAAAAAUGGGAAAAGAUCAAGAUUUAUUGGAAGCAUGCAGAACGGGAAAUGUUGCUGCAAUCGAAAAGCUGCUGGCAGGCCGUCUUGGUUCAAAGGGAAGGGGAUCGAAAGCCGCAGGAGGAGGGGCACUUUCAUCCAUUUCCAAAAGUCUUUGGAGUUUGAAGAGUGCCAAUGUUAAUUGUGUGGAUGCGAGCGGGGACACACCCCUUCAUUUGGCAGCUCUGAAUGGCCACAAGGAAAUUGUAACGAUGUUACUGGAGUGCGAUGCCUCGCCGACAGUAUUGGACAGCCAGGACUGUUCCCCUCUACACUUGGCGGCGUGGAGUGGACACACAGACAUUUGCAGUCACCUCCUCCACUCCCCUGAUGGGCAGGCCCUGGUGAACUUGCAGACUCGAGACGGCAACACAGCUCUCCAUUUUGCAGCACAGCACGGUCAUGACAAUACGCUGUCCUUGUUGCUACAGAAAAAGGCUGACCCGACCAUACGGAACCUGGAGGACUUGUCUCCCCUGGACCUGGCUGCCCAGUAUGACCGGCUGGACAUUGUGAAACAACUCAUCACCUCGCAUCCUGAGCUUGUAGCACAGAGGUCUGUCCAGCAGACGCCACUGCACCUGGCCUCCAGGAAUGGACACCGGCAGGUCGUGCAGUACCUUCUGGAUUCUGGUUUUCCUUUAGACGCCAAGACUGACAAAGGAACUGCCCUGCAUGAAGCUACUAACUUUUGUAAGCUGGACGUCAUACGCCUGCUCUUGGACAGAGGUAUUGACAUCACAGUGAAGUCUCAGACGGGCUGUACAGCAGAGGAUAUACUCAGGUCAAUACCCUCCAAGGCCGCAGAAGAAGCGCUGAACAUUCUCAAAACGCACAUAUAUCAUCAACGCACACCGGACUCUGACGGGGAGAGAGGAAUUGUGGGAGAAGACAGCAGCACCUCCCGACUGCAUCAGGAGCUGCCACCUCGUCCCGUCACCAUUACCGGCACACCACUGUCGGAAGGGACAGCAGCAAACACAACGACAGCGGCAGCGACAGAAAUACCAGUGAUAACGACAGAUACUCAGCUUCAAAAACCUUCCAUCCCUCCCUCUGCCGAAAGGAAAGCCCAUCUCCAUAAAAGACGGACAAAAAUCCUCACUUGGGUUCUUCCAACCACCGAUGAAGAUUUUGGUCCGCCGCCCAUCCCUCCCCGGCACUCUGUGAGAGAUACAGACAGCCUGGGAAGUUAUAACGGUAUCACUCCACUGAAGGUACCAGCAGACAGGAGUAGCGAGCCGUCCAGUGAUGAGGACAGGGGUAAACUGAGUACUAGCCCAAGGGACGCCAGCCCAUCCACCCGCAGCCCUUCCGACCAGCCGAAGAAGCCACCGAGAAAGAAACCUCUGAGCUUCCGGCGCCAGGACCAGCAGGGUCCGUACAUCACUCCUGCAGCAGCAACAACAGGAGCAGCACCCACGUCCUGCGAUACCGCAGCACCAGCAACAGCCAGCAGUGGCAUCAACAGCAGCGCUCCCAGUGGUGGGUCAGUCAUGCCCGGUGGAAGCAAGUUUUACGUGAACCUUAACCCCGAGGAAGAGCGGGCGGCCUUGGAGGCAAAGAUUGCUGCAGAGGCUCUUGCUCAGAGUCAAGUUCAGGGUCAACUUCAGGGUCAAGUCACAGAGCCAGUUGUUCUAUCUGUUGUUAAUGUUGCUGAGCCGGCUCAAGGCCCCAGGCUGAGCUGUGAACUUAGGGACACACCCCCUCAGCCAGCUGUAGAUGUCGUAAGGGGAAGCGAUUUAGCAGAUCAGGGAUCCAUAAAUACGGAGGAGGUUAAGGCCCCUGAGAAAUAUGUCUGUGAUCGGGAAAGUUUAAAAGAUCUUCCUGUGGAACCAGCAAUCACAAAGCCGCCCAACUCUUUAGACUUUGAUUCUUCUGUCAUCGACGCACAAGUGCAGCAGCAUCAACAGCAACAGCAACAGCAAUUGCCAGUAUCCCCCACGCACCAUCGCCAGCCCCCCACCCCUGACUGCCCUCCGCCAUCCCCAGGGACAGCUCUCCAGAAUAUUCAACGCAAGAUUCAACCCAUGCUGAGAUUUCAUUUUGAUGAAGAAGAGCAAGAUGAGGAAAAGCGUCUUUCUCGCGAUAUGGAAACCAUCACUGACUCGACACUCAUCGGGCCAGAGCAGCUGCCGGCUGCCCCAGGUCCUGUCCCCGUCGAUGACCCCACUCAGGUGGUGACCUUGACCCCGGUGACAGAAGAAACACCACCAGGUCCAAUCGCUGGAGGAAGACCGAUGAGGCCCGACAGGCCAAAGGUCAAACCGAAACCUCUCCCGAGACGGUCUAGCCUGUCUUCAGAGACCAGAGAUCUCCCCGCAGCUGAUGUCGCGCCUUCUGUCGGCUCGUCUGAGGUGGCCUCCGAAGUGUUUAAGGUUCAAGCACCAGUAGCAACAUCAGUGUCCCCAGGUCCCCGCGGCGCUGGUAGUGGUAGUGGUGGUGUGGGUGCCGGAACAGCCUCCAGGGAAGGUUACCAUGGCGCCACGCCAGCCAACAACGCUCUCCAGGGGAAGGUCCUUCGCAAGCAGGGUCAAGUUGGCUCAGAGGAUAACAACGAUGACGUCAGCCGAGGUAGGAGGGCGAGUGAGAAGGGCGUGGUGGUACUCACGGAGGACGAAGGAGCUUCUGCGACUACCAGGGAUAGGAUUGUUUCCUCUUCCUCCUCCUCUUCCUCUUCGUCCUCCAACAGUUCGCGACCGACAAGUCAUUGCGGCAGCUGUAGUGGUGGGGGUGAUGGAGGAAGCGGUGCCGGCGGAGAUGUGGACCAGAGGGUGGAGGGUUCGAACAUGGUGGAGGUGAUGGGCGAGCAGGUGCAGAUGCGGCGUUCUGUCAGCGCGGGGAACGAGCCGCUUGACUGGGAGGGACACGUGUUUGCCGACUAUGAACCAUAUCUGCUGCGCGGAUCUGUGGUGGGCGGCGCCCGUAGCGUGGUGCACCAGCUGGCCGGGGACAAUGCCAGCGCGGCCGGACUGAGGAAGAAGCGAAAGUCCACCGCCUCCUCCGCCUUUGUCACCUUUGCCCCCGUCAUGGAGGAAGACAAGGACCUUGACCCGGAUAAGAUCAGCGCAACGUUUGAGACCUUCGGCGUGGGACUAUCACGCGAGUCUGUGUUUGUCGUAGAGCAUGAGGCCAAUUUUGCCAAGUUUCUUUCAGCCGGUAAAACAGGUGAGACGAAAAUCCAAAGUGUCGGGGAAUGGCUGACAGACAUUGGUCUGCCUCAGUACGAGAACACGUUGGUUGCUAACGGAUUUGACGACACUGAUUUUCUAGGUGGAACAAUAUUAGAGGACCAAGAUCUUUCAGCUAUCGGAGUGGAGAGUGCUGCACACAGGAAAACUAUCCUGGAAGCAGCGAGCAGAUUAUCAGCAUUACAACCCUUAGACCCAGACAACCUUCCAGACUCGGUGGCCGACUGGCUGGGAGGGCUCCGGCUCGACUUCUACUACGACACGUUCAUGACACACAAGUAUGACACAAUAGAGCGGGUCGUCAGGCUCUGGGAGCUCGAGCUGGUCACGGUUUUGGACAUCACCUCUAUUGGUCACAGAAAAAGAAUCCUGGCUUCAUUAGGAGACAAGCGACCAGAGACUACCAGUCCGGCGCGAACAAGAAUUCCCAGUUCAGACGGUUUCCCUGAGUCCCGUUCUCCGUUUGACCAUGUGGAUCUGUUCAAAGACUACACGGGCGUACGCUCCAGGGUGGCAGAUCCGGGCCAAGAGGUCAUGGGACAGGGGCCAUUACUAGACUUCGAAAAUUCCAAGGAUGGAGAGCAUCUGAAGGGUCAGGGCAUCCGAGACAGCUCCAUCCACAUCAGGGCCCCACACCUCAUGCACUACACGGGGCCUAUCAAGCAGUGGAGGCACAAGCCAGAGAUCCUCAUCAAGGGAUGCUGCAACUACACUGCUCAUUAUCUUGGCUCCACGCUUGUGAAAGAUCUCAAAGAUGUGAUUUCCACUCAGGAAGGCAUUACCAAGCUGAAGCAUCGCUUACGAAGGAAAUUACAGAAAUCCUCGGAGGUGAUCAGUAAAAUCCCGACCAUCAUGUUGUCCAUAUCAUUCAAAGGAGUCAAGUUCAUCGAUGCAGCUUCCAAGAAAGUGGUCUGUGACCACGAGAUCGCCAACAUCUUUUGCGCAUGUCAGGACAGCGAGCACAUGAACUUCUUCGCCUACAUCACCAAAGACAGACAGGCGGGCAAGCACUAUUGUCACGUGUUCAGCGUACGGAGCAAGAUGAAGUGCUGUACCUGAUCUCACUGAACACACAACCUCGACAGCCUGUGGUCCCGCUGACAGAGCAGAGUAUAGACUAAAGCUCAGGUGUCAGACGUUCUGCGACGUGAGUGCCCUCACGUGUUCACGACUCUUGUGGGUCUGGCGUCGUUGCCAGGGUGGGGAGGACAACGGUAUACGAAGCAGACAGUGCCAUGUUUAAACUGUGAGUUUUCUGUGAAUCCUGAAGAAGGCCAGUUGGAACACCCGUGUCAUUGUGUUCAUUUGCAGCACAUGUGUGUACAUUUGGAUUUCCUCUUGAAUUAUGGUCCCCCUUUAUGAAGAUACAGUAGAGAUUUUGUGAAAGUUUACUUCUUUGAAUAUGUUACAAACCUUCCAGUUUUGAAUGAGGUUGAAGAAUGCAAGUGUUGUGCUAGCAAUCGUCAUAUGAAAAUUAGAAGGGUUGUAUAGACUGCAUUUUAUGUACUUUUGAGAUAUUGGACGUCAAAGUUUGUAAGUUCUAAAUACAAACGCAGAAAAAUUUUUUUUCUCGUAAUGGCUUUUUUUGCAGACCAGAUUAGUCAAUUGAGAACAACGCAUGGAUCACCGUGCAGGGUAGUACAUUGGCGAUCGAAGCUGUAACUCAAAACAUCCACAAAACGCAGUUCGAACCUUUUAAAUUUCAUGCGACGAAUUUUCUUUCUUUCUUUUUUCAAGAUGUGAUGUUAUCUUAUUUCUACUGGGAUCUUGGUCGACUGCCCUACUGGAACUGGUAGCGUUGUGAGUUGCUUGUGUUGUUUUUUUCAGAGGUUGAAGGGGUGGGAUAGGGUUCGUUUCUGCCAGUAAAUUUGUACUGUGGUUGAACGUGUUUUGUUGGUCACAAGGAAACUAUGUGGUUUAUAAAUUAUUCCUUUUUCAAACUGAGUUCAUGAUGAUACUACUGUCAAAUAAAUGUGGUCAGUAUUUUGAUUAAACAAGAAAUCACAUGCUGUUGAUAUACUAUUCCUAUUUAACAUUUCUUUUCUUGAAAAAGGUUACUCAUGGUGCUAGUGCUUGUACUGAUGAUGGGUGAAUCUGUCCUGACCCUAGAAAUUCUGGGAAAAUUCAUGAGUCUGUACUGAUACACCGAAACGCAAUUUGUCCUAUUGAUUUUUUCUCGUGUCAUACCUUCAUGCGUUUUAUAAACCCAUAAGCACGACCUCAGUGGUUGUAUUCAUUUAUUAGUUGCUUUAUAGUGCUUUGUUUGUCAGUAGUAAUUCAAUUCGAUGCUGGUUCUCAUUAGAAUUCUGGAUUAGUCUAUUAUAUAUAUACAAUUGCUAUAGAUUUAUCAACUUGAAAAUGAAGUCCCAGUAUGAUUACAUUUAUUAUUUAAAUCAUUUUAAAGAGUUUUUUUAACACAAUUUUUUGUUUGUUCCAUGAGUUGUAGCCAAGAUUAAAAAUAACUUUCCAGAUUUUUAUUGAUAUAAGGAUAAAUGUGUGGGAUGUCGAACUUUGGUCAGCUUCCCGGACAAAGCCUAGCUGUGUUUAGAAUAAUGUGUUCUUAAUAUGGGUUGGGGGGGGGGGGGGGG